GAGCGCACCUCGCGCUGCUCCGGGCCCGCUCCUCCCGGCUCUCCCUGAGAGCCGGGCUCCUGCCCGACUCCCGCGCCCCCGUAGCUCCUCCGCAAGGGCGACUCUGCGGGAGGGCUAACGGUCCCACCCGGGCGGCCCCGUCCCUCGCUCUCUGCUCUGCUUCCCGGGGAGAGAGAGCCGCAGCAAUGGGCUUCCGAGCCGUGCUGCGGGUCGGCGUGCUCAUGCUGCUCAUCAGGACCUGGCUCGCGGACAGCGACAAGCCCAGUCCCACCCCGAACUUCAAGUUCUCCAGAGUGCCCCAAGACUUCCUGGACAUCUUUAACUGCAAAAAUUGUGCAAAUCAAUCUGUGGUUCACAAGAUUCUGGACAGGGUGCUGUCGAAAUAUGACGUCCGGCUGAGACCGAAUUUUGGAGGUGCGCCUGUGACCGUGAAAGUAUCUAUCUAUGUCUCCGACAUUCAUGAGAUCUCAGAUAUGAACAUGGACUACACAAUGACCAUGUAUUUUUAUCAGACCUGGAAGGAUUCGCGUUUAUCCUAUUCUGAGACCGACCUGAACUUGACCCUGGACUACCGCAUGGAAAGGGCUAAAAUAAGACACGGAGUCUCACACAUACACACACAUCCUGCCUGGGUCCACCCCUGCAAUGCCCAAGGAAUGGCUGUGGCCUUGGGACCCCCCCCCCCCGCUCACUUUCCCCUCUGUUUUCUUUCCUUUGGCAGGCUCACUGCCAUCGCGGCCUGCUCCUUGGAUCUGCGGAAAUUCCCUAUGGACCAGCAGACGUGCAAGCUGGAGGUGGAGAGCUAUGGCUACACUAUCGAAGACAUCAUAUUAUCCUGGGAAAACAAUGAGGAUGGCGUCCAGAUGACUGAGGAGCUGAAUAUCCCUCAGUUCAAUUUCCUGGGGAAGAUCAUUACUAGCAAGGAGGUGUAUUUCUACACAGGUUCCUACAUGCGUCUGGUGAUGAAGUUCCAGGUCAAGCGGGACAUCGCCAGCUACCUUUUGCACGUCUACUGGCCCACUGUCCUCACCACUGUUCUCUCCUGGAUAUCGUUUUGGAUGAACCAUGAGUCCUCUGCAGCCAGGGUGACAAUUGGCCUAACUUCCAUCCUUAUCCUGACCACCAUCGACUCACACCUGCGGGAUAAACUCCCCCACAUUGCCUAUGUCAAGGCCAUUGACAUCUAUAUCCUCGUGUGCUUGUUCUUCGUGUUCCUGUCCUUGGUGGAGUAUAUCUACAUCAACUACCUUUUCUUCAACCAAGGACUGCGCCAUCGUAGACGACGCAGGAGAGCCAGAAGACUCAUUGCCCGCUUCCUCUACCAUAAUGUAGUGGUGAGAAAUGUGCAGGAUGUCCUGAUUAACAUGGAAAAUGAAGUCGGCUCUGGCUCUCCCACCCACCCAGCACAGGCUCGUCUGGCGAGCCCUGAAAGCCUUGGCUCUUUGGCAACUAUCUCAGAGCAGGUCCCACUGGCCACCUCCGAAAGCCUUAGCACACUCUCUGGCCUAGCCCAGCUGAAGGCUCAAGCGAACCCGAGCCACAUCCCUUCUAUCCGCCAGCAGGCCCUGCCUGGCUUUCACGAUACUACUGUUCCCACCCAAAUCUGCAUUCGUACUGAAGUCCAUGUGCAUGUGGAGAUCCAUGACAACAGAGAGGCCGACUCCAAAGACAACCUGGGCUUGGAUGAGAGCCACGGCCAUCACCCCAGCGGGAGGCCCAUGCCAUCCCACGGCCAGAGGUGUGUGCCAAAAGCAGGAUGGGACUUUGAUAAGAUCGAAAGCUUAGAGGAUGACACCAGUGUCAAGAGCCACAGCCCUGACCUUGAGGAGCAAUUUGAGGAUGAUGAUACAUUCAAUAUCCAUAGUGUCGAUGAGGAGAAUCCCAUGACCUCUGAGCAAGAGGACAGUGGCUCAGAGUCUGACGACUGUUGCUUGCUGAACUCUGGGUGCUACUGCAGUGAAGUGAUCUCUUCCAAGCUCUUUAACCCUGACCAUGUCCCCAAAAUAGACAAGUGGUGCCGGGUCCUCUUCCCUGUUACUUUUUUGGUGUUCAACGUUGUUUACUGGCUGUACCACAUAUACUAGUUCCCAGUGCCCAGGAGUGGCAAGGAUGACAUGCUUUGCUCCCUUCACAGUACCUUUUGGGGUUUUUCCCUUUUUCCUUUGAUCAUUUUAUUAGGUGCUUAUUAGUUCCACACUUCUCCUUAUCUUCAUGAGGCAUGCAAGACAGAAAGGGAGGGAAGGAAUUAGGAGGACUUAGGAGCCAGCAUCUCAUUGAUUUCCUUUCUGGCAAGAAGACUCACACCUUUUCAAACAUUUCCAGAAGUUUCUCAGUGUGGCAAAGCACCCAGAAAUGUUUACGAGACAGAGAGGAGCAGGCUGAGGAGCAAAGGAAGGCACUGAACCUUGCUCAGAAACUUUCCUGGGUCUUUUUAUCCUGCCCCCUUUGGGCACUGCGGUUUUUUUGUUACUGUACUUUCUCGUUUGUUUCUUCUUCACUUAGGGCUGUGUGUGAAAAAGUCAAGCUAAGUUGGGCUGGGGUACACAGGGGAAGGGCUAGCCAUGCCUUGGAUGUGUGCAAAACUGGCUACAGCAGAGUAGGGAAGGAUUUGCAAGUGCCUCUGCCCGGGACUUUGGGUUGUAUCUUCAGCGUGGUGUUGUGGUCAGAGUUGGGAGGGGAAUGGCGUGGAGGUGGCAGGAACUUGGGGCAGGCAAGGGUGAUGUCAGGUUAAAGAAUGCACAGGAUCAGCUGACCACUUUGGAGGGAUUAGAAUUUAUUUUCUUGCCUGUAUGUCUGCUUCAGAAUAUUUGACAAAAGGGACUCAAAACUUCUGUGGAGUCAGGAGUUAGCUCUCUAUGAAUUGCUGAGUCGAGAGCUAGUUAGGGGUGAGCUCUUGGUGAAUAAGCACGAGGCUGGGAAAGUUCACACUUGGCUAGUUAACCAUCUGAUCUAGAACAGCAGAUGAACGCCUACUGUAAAUCUAUAUACUAAUCCUUUCUGUUUGUCUAGUGUUUAAUUAAGUGUCUGCAAGCUCCCUGACCCAUCACAUCGUUGGACCCUCACAGGAGCCCAUGAGCCAGGGAAGGCAAAGCACCUUGUCCCCAGUGUUCCAAGGAAAGAGUGGAACUUGUGUGCCAUGCUUGAAGACACUUGUUCUUUCUCCCUUUCUUCCUCUCAGCUGAAGCAUUCCCAUUUCUUCCCUCCCCUUCACAAAAGGGGGUGUGCUGGCAUGGCCUGCCUUGCUGUCAGGCUGCCCCCUCCCUCUGCAGACCUAUAGCACCUUGGCAGGAAGAGACCACUGAUCUGCCAAUGAGCAGGAACCAGGCGAGUGGAGUGUGUGGGCCCUGGCCACCCUGCCCGGCUGAUGGAAGUAGGAUUAGCCCACCCAGCAACUUGCCAGCUGCAGCAGCUUACUGAUGGAGGCCGUGGGGAAGUGAGCUUUGCAAAGCACUCAACCUAUGUUCCUCUUCGCCUUAGGCCGCCUCUCCUGCAGCCCCAUCCCCUUGCCUCAUGCUCUUUAAACUGCUUCUGUGUCCAUGCUUGUGUGUGUCAUUGGGGUGUGUAUGCAUCAGAGUAGGAGUGUGUAUACUUAAACCAUAUCUAUCAGUGUAAAUCUUUAUUACUAUGUGUGGAAGUGAAUCUACAAUGUACAGAUACACGUGCCUUUGUACAUAUCGCUGUGUGGUUUGUGUGUUUGCUGGUGUGUGUUGCUUGUGAGUAAGUGUCCUUUGUGCAUGUGUACAGUAAGUAUAUAUCUGUUUUUAUCUGAUUUGAAUGGGUGUAAGGGAAAGCAUGUCUGUUGGAGGCCGCCUUUCUAGAGCUGCCAGAAUUCCUUUGGCCUGUUUACGCAUUAGGGAGGCCCCGUUUGGCUGGUCUGGUUCACUGUGUGUUUCUAAUUGCCCUGUCUCAGGGAGCAGAGCCGCUGCCCCUUACCCCUCCCCCCACGUAUCUGGACUGUCUCCUGGAUAGGGGACCCAGAGGAAGUGAAUAUAGCCCUAAGAAGCGGUAGCAUAGUGCCUUCGGGUAGGGAUAAGCUGUGAGUGCCAACAAUCUUGUCUGCUGUUAGGACAGAUUUUGGACUAGUGUUUUAGAAUAAGAGCCUGAAUGAUGCCCUGGGAGCACAGAUACAGUGCAGAUGCGGGGCAGGAGGGCUGGUGAACUGGAGAGGUGGCAGGUGGCCUGUAUGGCCCAUCCCCUUACCCCACUCAUCGUCUGUGCCGGACACAAAGUGGGGCUGUUGGCAGCCGCAGACCAGUAGACAGUGACAGGACACACUCAGGGGACUGGCUGCCAGCAGCUACAUGCUGAGAACCAAAGGUGCCUUGGACUGUGGUAGUGAGCCCAUUCAGGGACAGAAAGCACUUUAGUGACCCAUUGUGGGUAGUUGUUGGCUGCUGGACACUAGUGACAUGCCCAAAGUUCCCCCUUGAAUUUGGAGUUCCAGAACUCCACUUCCACCUCCUCCAGGGGAAGAGUUAGGAAUGAGAGGAAAAUGUGAAGGAGCCUCAGGUGCUGACUGCCUAGACUGUGGCCAGCUUGUUCUAUGCACAUAGCACAUAAGCACGUAGUCACUCACACAUGCACACACGCACACCAUUGCACACACAUGGGUACACACGGGACAAUGUCCCUCAGUGUACAUGUAUAUGUGCCAGAUGUGUAUACACAUGUGGCCAUGCCUGCGCACGCACACACACACACACACACACACACACACACACACACACACAUACACACACACACACACGUAAGAUAAGGAAGAAAAGAAAAUGAAUGUUGUCCUCAGAAUGUCUCAGAUUACCUCUUCUUUUGGUCUCCUUGCACAGAGAGGUCCAGGCUGAAGAUGAGCAAUGCCCCAUAGCAAAGCUCCUGCUAGGCUGUAGGAAGACUGGCUUCCUGGAGCCUAAAGUUGGCUAGCUGACUUGGAUCUGGGGCUUCAGGAUCCUGGAGGGACUUUGAACCCUGUGAAUCUCGAGUUCAUGGGCGUGAAGUCUUAAAUGGAAACUUGAGCAGUGGAGACAAAAAGUGACAGCAAUGCCCAGGAAGGCUUCACUGUAUUGAGGAAAGGCAAAGAGGCCAGUUGUAAAUAUCCAUGUAACUAGAUUUAUUAUACUUAAAAAAGAAAAUCUUGCCCUAACUUGCUGCAAUGAGUAGUUGAAUUCUACUGCAAUGUGUACUGUGACGUGAAGUGUCACGGUGAGGUGGAGGUCUGGCAGUGCCACCUUUUCAGGAACUUGAAACUUUGCAGUUUGCUGUGGCUUUGGUCCUUCAAAUUGACUGAAAAUUGCCAGAUCUCCCCUGACCAUAUCUCUGUGUGCUCUGUUGUCCAUGUUGCUGCUGUGCCCCAUCCUCUUCUAUCUCCAGCUGGCUAUGUCCCUUCCCAUACCUCCCCCAACGCCAAGUGCAGAGCAGCUGCCAGGUGCUCCCAGAGGUCAGCAAUCUGGACACUUGGGAGUUUGGAAGCUUGGGCAGAGGAAAAGGCCUCACUAAGUCUGGAAUAGAGCAACUCCACAUUACUCCUCGACACAUCUGUCCUUCCUUUCACCCUAGAACCCCAGCCCCACAAAGGAUACCCCUAUCUUCCCGAUGCCCUUCUGUGGGAUGUCUGACACGUUUCCUAUCAUGCUCACCACUGCAGGGUGACUUUGCAGAGUAACAUGGUCUGAUUGGUCUUAAUGGAGUUUGUCAAAUGUACUCUUACAACUUGUGUCACCUGGUUAAUAGCAAGGCUGCAAGUCUUUGCACAUUUAGAGAUAAGUUUUGUUGAGACUGUGGCCAUUCCUGAGGUUUCUUCAUCUUGUAUCCAUAACAACUAACCCUUUGAGCUAUUAACUACUGACCAUAUACACUAAGCUCUCUAUCUGCAUGACAACCUGCUGUGGUGGUGACCUUCUGGGCCCUCCACAGCCAAGCAUCAAAGGAAAUCGUGAUUUGUCCUACUGAAAGGGCAGUGUGUUUGUGUUUGUUGUACAAUGUCCUGUGUUCAAUAUGAAAUCUGUAUUAUCAGGAUUAGGUUUUCAAGGGGGGAGGGAGGGUGCUAAAUUAUCUCCUUAAUAUACUUAACUUAUGAAACACCCUAGGUGGUUAGGGUCACUUCUAUGGACUGCAUUUGUGUGCGACUUUACAUGCCAGACUGCAUCCUCAGGGUCAGUGGUUAGCAAAGUAGAAGCCACUGGAAUUGUUCUGCCAUCAGGCAGUGCCAGAGGAUUCUUCUUAAGGCAGCCAAGUGAGUAGUCAUCUGGAAGCAGAUGGAUUACAGUAAAGCCACACACAGACCUUCAGGAGUGGUGCCAGGCCCAUGCAGUGAAAGCCAAGAAAAGAGAAGACCAAGACCCAGGUGUCCUCGUUGGCCUGACCUGCAAAGGGACAGACAGCAGCAGGGCCUCAUGGCAUGGCUGAGUGGCCACUUUGGCCUCAUCAAAUGUACAUUUUUAUAGGAGAAAGACCCUGACCAGUCCUGACUUUAAGAAAGUGAAACAUGAAGAAACAUAAAACUGUGUUUCUGAAAACUAUGCUGGAGUGAAAUGUUGUAAAUAAUAAAUGGGGAAAAAUAAAGCUCAACAGUGGGA